AUGCUGACCGAGUCGAUGCUGGGUGAGAUGAAGGACAUUCAAGACUUGCCCGAUCUUGAGAACGCAAAGGACAAGGCUGAGGACGGCGAGGGCGAGGGCAGUGAGGGAGGUGAGGGCAUGGGCCAGCUGGGAAAGAGCUUGGAGUUCUUGAUGCUCAAGGUCGCUCAGCUCGAGACCCUGGCGGAGUUGCAGCAGAGAGAGCUCUUGGUGGCGCAUGCCAGGAUCGAGAAGUUGGAGGAUAAGCUUGGCAUGCAACCUCCCGAGCCUACCGGUGCCACCGUAGGAAUGGCGCGGAGCUCCACAGAAGGCGUCAAGGAGGCCCACGCCACCCUGAAGCGGGUGAUUCAGAAGCACGCUCGGCAGCGCGAGAAGCGGCAGUACCACCCGGAGGCCCAUCAAACCGAGCAACCUGAGCCUGAAAGGGAGACCGAGCCAGACUUGGCCGAUGAGAAGGAGUGGGAAGAGUUGGAGGGGCAAGAGGAGCAGCGAGGGAACAGCAACCCGGCCAUGCUCCAGACGAGCGACCGAAUUCUACCUUUCAUCCCUGGCGGGCGGCGCCGCAUCGACAAGAAGAUUUCGAAAGCCGUCUCGAACUUGGACGGCACGGGGUUGGUCGGCGAUGCACUGAGCAGCGCUUACGAGAAGGCCAAGCAAGCAGGCGACGGCAUCAAGUUCGUCGCGAACACGGCCAUCAGCACGGUGGAGAUGGCAGUGAACAUCCUGAUCAAAGGCUUCUCCGACUGGAGCGCCAAAUGCCCCAAUAAUUUCAACCUAAAGCUCAAGCGCGACGGCAGAUCGCUCACCUUCGAUAUCGGGCGGCAAAGGUGCGAGGUCAGCCUUAUGGGCCAAAAAAUCACGCUCUUUGACAUCAAGUUGGGCAAAAAAAGUGUGACCUUUGACAUCAUUAAGAUGAUCCCGGAGCCGACCCGCAGUUACCUCAAUGUUGUGAUAAACCUCGGACAGGGCCUAAGACAUUGCGUCAACGCGGACUCAUCGACGGGUCUCAUCAUGUGCAUCGGCAGCAAGAUAAUCGAGACGGUGCCCCCAUUCAACUACCUGACUAAGAUGGGGGAUAUCCUCACCGAGGUCAUCGAGGUUUUUGCCAACGUGGCUUCGACGGUGGUUCAGAAAGCUAUGGAGCAGGGACCCUCUUUGGUACAAACGGCCGCCACGACGAAGUUCCCUGCUGCUGGCGAGCCCCCUUUGCUGCACCACAAGAGCACGAACUUAAUGAUCGAGUCGCACACGGGGCAUGUGCCGCCUGGCAGCUACCUUCAUCGAGAGUUGGCUGCUGUGCAGACCAAUGCGACCCAGGAAGCCGACCCGGAUGGUGCCAUCACCUAUGCUAUGGGUGGCGGCGACGUGCACGCGACCAAGCUUUUUACCCAGUUCUCCGGCAGAGAGACAGACACCAGCUCGUGCCUCGCCUUUGCUCCCAAGACCCGAAACGGCAACGGAGUGAGCAAAUCCGAUUGGCAGGUCGACAAAAAGGACGAUUUCCUGAAGCUGGAACCAUGGGCCGUGCCCUGCGACAAUGCGUGGAUGAAGGACAACGUGAAGAAGUGGCAGGGCUACUCCUUCUACUUCGGGCAGAAGGCCAUCGAGAAGUGCGUCAAGGUGACCUUCGCCAUGGGAAUGCAGCCGGUCGUAGCCUUCGUGGGCGGCUUGCAGUUUGAGGUCCUACCGAAGCCCCUCUUCGAGUUGGCCACGACCGUGUGCUGGCCGAACAAGCAGCCCGGGGGUGUGGAUCUGAGCGUACUCCGCUCCGAGAUCAGAUCCGCAGGCAUCCUGCUCUUCAGCCGCACCUUGCGUCUGACCAAGCGCUUCGGCAGCAGCACCGAUUUCUCCACCGGCAACGUCAAGGGCUCCUACGAGACUUGGCGGAACGCGGCAGGCCUGGCCAAGGGCGAAGGGCGCAUCCCGAUGGACUCGCUGAAACGCUCCUUCCUUCAGAGCAAAAGCCGCCUGCGCCAGGAGGGCCAAGCAGGCGAAGCAGCAGAGCUGGCAAAGGCCCGUGUUGAGAUGGAGCAGGAGGGCUUGCAGUGGAAGGCGGAGACCGAAGACCUCUACCUGGCGUCUGUCGACUACGGGGCAGAGCUGAACACGUCCGUGGACAAGACCUUCGAGGCCCAUGGCGAGGAGGCGGCCCGUCACAUGGCGAGCUCGAGCUCUGGCUCUGGUUUGGAGGAGUUCAAGCUCUUCGUUUUCAAGAGCCCAGGGCUGGUGAACUUCGGGAUCGAAGGUCUCAUGUCAGGCAACACACUGGAGCUGGGAGUGGAGAUGGCCUUCGGCCCCUACAAAAGUCCCCCAAAGCGAAUCCCUUUGGUCGAUAUCGGCAAGCAGUUCGCCCUCAUCUUGGCCGGCUUGCCCUUCGUCUCAACAAGGAGCAAGCUGACGGCAUUGGAGGCUUUGAAGGACUUCGCUUUGAAGGACGUGGGAAAGUCACGCGGCCUCUCCGUGCCGCCGGGCUCCAUCGUUUCGCUCUACCAACCCGCAACGGGCCGAUACCUGAAGAUGGCUCCCAAGAAAAUGGAGCCCAGUGGAAAGUUGAAGCAGUGGGGCAUACCGGACCACUGGAAUUGGGAGCGCUUCACCGUGGUGGACGCCGGGAAAGGGUUCAUUGCGCUGCACAACACCGCCUUCAAUCGCUUCGCGGGGGCCGGAAGCCGGAGCUCUAAGAAAGAUGCCGACAAGCUUCCCGGCAGCUGGGACUCCAUGCGAUGGACCAUUAGGGAAGAAGGCAACGGGGAGGUCAGCCUGUACAACAAGAAGCAUAAGACAUGCUUGAAGAUGACGUCCAAGGGUGUGGGAUCGGAUAAAGCUUGUGGGAAAUGGACCCGCUUCGUCAUCAAGCCGGCAGAGAAGAUUCUUGUACCGGGGACCAUGAUCGCCCUCCACAACAGGCGGCACAAUCGCUUCGUGAAGAUGCAGGGCAGUAAGCUGACGCGAAGCUCCAAGAAGGACGUCACCGACCUGCCCCAUGAUUGGACUUCGGAGCGCUUCACUGUGGUGGAUGCCGGAAGCAGCCGAAUCGCGCUGCACAAUGCGGUGCACAAUCGCUUUGUGGCGAAGGGCGCCUCCAGCGCCCACCGAAAUGCGGACAAGCUUCCCAACUGGGGCUCCUUAAAGUUUGAGGUCUACCCUGCGGGCAACGGGGAGAUCGUUCUUUACAACAAAUUGCACAACAAGAUGCUUCGGAUGUCAGGCAGCAAGGUUGACAUGUCUAAGAGCAAGAAGCCCGGGGAUUUGCCAGACACAUGGACCUGGGAACGCUUUCGGGUGGUGCGUGUGAAGCCCUACCUGCAGCCCGGUAGCACCGUGGCCCUCUGGUGCAAACAUCACCGCCGCUAUGUGAAGAUGAACCCGGGCAGCAAUCCAGGAUCAUUCCUCUUGGCCAGAGCCAGAGCAAGCUACGCGAACCACACGCAGAAUGACACCCUCAUCCAGUUUCCUGCGUUCAAGUUCACGUUUCCGAAGAUCACGGAUAUAGUCAAGAAGGCUGCGGAAGAAGCCAAGAAGACAGCCACAAAGGUGACCACGAGCACGAAGACGCCUAAACCCAAAGUGGCCAAAGCGGUGCCAAAGGAUGGGCGCAUCGUCCGCAGCUCAGAGCGGAGUGGCGACGGCAUCCCCGACUCCUGGAAGUGGGAGCGCUUCACCGUCGUGGACGCCGGCAACGGCCAGGUGGCCUUCCACAACAGCAUGCACAAUAGGUUCAUGAAGAUGACAUGGGACAAGAAGAUGGUUGUCAGCAAAGCGAAAACGGUCGAUGCCCUGCCGAGCACCUGGACGGCUGAGCGCUUCACCGUGGUGCCUGCCGGGAAAGGAGAGUUCGUGUUCCACAACUCACUCCGCAACCGCAUGAUUCGCAUGACGAAAUCUGAGGUGGAUGCGAGCGGCAAGAAGAGCCCACAAAGCUUGCCGAAAAGUUGGAAGUCGGAGCGGUUUCAGCUUGUGCCUGCCAAGCCUUACUUGCAGCCCGGGACCAUCGUCGCUCUGCACUGCGGAAAACACAACCGCUUCGUCCAGAUGACAUCAAGGUCUUCCUUAUCUCCCACCCAGAGAAGGGGUCGUAAUGACCUGCCACCGAGCUGGACAGACACUCUCUUCACCGUGGUGGACGCCGGGAACGCGCAGGUAGCGUUCUACAGCAACAAGCACCACCGGUUCCUCAAAAUGAACGGCGCCAAAAUGGAGACUGGAACCAAGUUAGGGUCCUGGGAGCGCUUCACCGUGGUGCCUACCGAAGACGACCAGUUUGUGUUCCACAACUCAGCCCACAACCGCAUGAUUCGCCUGCAUUCCAAGAUAGACAGCAGUGGCAAGAAAUCGCCGCAGGACCUCCCAAGCGGGUGGACCUUUGAGCGCUUUCGCAUCGUGGUGGUUUCUGAUGCCAACACGAACACCGUACGUGCCACGUUCGACUGA